AUGAACAGCCCGUCCACGGCCAGCUCCUUGUCUGCUGCAGCUGGACACCCAGAGGCUGAGGACGCUGGUGGCCGCAUCGUGGGCGGCAGUGCGGCCUAUCAGGGCCAGUUCCCGCACCAGGCCGCCGUCUCCAUGGACAGCUCCUACCUGUGCGGCGACUCGCUCAUCUCCACCUCUGCUGUCCUCACCGCGGCGCACUGCGUCUCUGGGUUCAGCAAGUGGGCGGUGAGCCUGGGAGGCAUUCGUCGCAGCGGCAGCGAGUCUGGCCACGUGACCAUCAACAUUAGGUCGACGACAGUGCACUCCGGCUACAACGCCAAUACGCUCAACAACGACAUCGCCGUCAUCUUCCUGGGCACCAACGUGCAGCUCAGCAGUAACAUCAAAUUUUCGACUAAUUAUUCGAUAUCCUUCGAGGGCCAGACCGCUACGGUCAGCGGUUGGGGUGUGACUGCCGAUACCUACUUACAGUACACGACGCUGAGCGUCAUCUCCAACUCGCUCUGCCAGCAGUACUACGGAGGCGUCAUCGUCUCCUCAACACUCUGCGCCACCGGCUCCAACCGACAGAGCACCUGCAACGGUGACAGCGGCGGCCCCAUGGUGAUCGGCUCGACGGGCAGCUUCACCCUAAUCGGCGUCGUCAGCUUCGUGUCGGACGCUGGCUGCGAGAGCGGCGACCCGUCCGGCUACGCCAGGGUCACCUCCUUCCUCAACUGGAUCUCCAGCACCGCCGGCGUCAGCAUCUCGUAA